UUUUUUGUUUAUAGAGAGCUCUUUUGUAAAUUUUCAAAUAAGAUCUAAUUUACGUGAUAUAUUAUACAAUCAACACAUGAUGAUUAUUUUAAAUAAAUGUCCACCCACCGUAAAUACGAAAUGUAGUGGCCCUCCUCCUCAAUAUAAUACCCCACAUUGUGGAGCCUGUGGAUGUAUGUCACUGCUUGGUCGCCGCUCCAACUCUCAUGAUCUCCUUACAAAUUAUGGUGCUAUAUGUUGUUGACCAAGUUCAGUAUGAGGCGGAGUUUUACUAUGUUAUAAUAGAGCUGAUACUCACAAUUGUAGCAUUUAUAAACCUUUUCUUAGUGGGAAAAAUUGUUGGAGCAAUCUAUGGAUUAUUCUAUGUCGAUUUAAUUAUUGCUUUUACCAUGGAUGCAUAUUAUAUGUACUCAGAACGAGGGUUGACUUUGUAAUAUGGACAAUUUUGUAAAUUCUAUUAAUAACUGAUAAUAAAAGGAUGUUGACAUGCUGUUAGACUGAUAAAUAGUCAUUUAAAUUUAGUAGCAACUUGAUGACAUGUUGAAAAACUUAAAACUACAAUGAACUUUUUUGUGAAGUACAUUUUGAAAGUACUGAGAAGGGUUUUAAAAUUGGCCCUGUCCGAAUUUCUAUGGGUUAUUUUAGUUUUGAGUAUAUUGCUUGUUUAUUUGGUAUUGAAAAACAAUGAUGGUGACAUAGAGGAAAUUAAAGAUAAUGAUUAUCCUGUAAUAAUGUGGUGGACUGACGGUUUCCCAGGAACAGAAGAUCUACGGGAAUGUCCAGGUGAUAUUAAAUGUAAUAUCUUCAGUGAUCACAAAUUAAUUAAACAAAAUAUUGAUGCAUAUCUAUUUUAUGCGAGCAACAUAAAGUUUGACAAUCUUCCAUUACCUAGGCAACCACAGAAAGUUAUUUGGGGGCUUUAUCAUGAAGAAUCUCCAAGAAAUGUGGAGGAAUUAUCACAUGAAGAGGCAUUGAGGAUUUUUAAUUAUUCCUCUACAUUCAGUAGAUAUAGUGAUGUGCCAUACCCUUUGCAAUUUUUGGACUCUAUUGACGAUAUAACAAGUACGAAAUAUUUUGUACCCACCAAUGAAAAAGCUAACUAUACUGACAAUGCUCCUAUCAUGUACUUGCAAACAGAUUGUGAAACAGCAUCAGAGAGAGAUGUAUAUGUUCAAGAAUUAAUGAAACACAUACAGAUAGAUUCAUAUGGCUCAUGCCUUCAGAAUAUAGAAAUGCCCUCUCAGUUCAAACGAGAUUAUCUUGAACACCUCAAUGAUGACGACUUCCUGAACUUUGUUGCCAAAUACAAGUUUGUAUUGGCAUUAGAAAAUGGUGUUUGUGAUGAUUAUGUUACCGAAAAAUUUUGGCGCGCAAUUAAAAUUGGUACGGUUCCUAUUUAUUUCGGUUCGCCGAGCAUACGAGACUGGUUACCGAAUAGAAAGUCUGCUAUUUUAUUAGAAGAUCAUCCCACACCUGAAUUAAUGGGUGACUACAUAAGGAAAUUAUUGGAAGAUGACAACCUGUAUGAAGAACACUUAGAGCAUAAAACGAAGGGACUUAUUACGAAUCUAAAAUUAAAAAAGGAAUUGAAAUUUAGACCAUAUCAAACAGAUGCACUACAUAUAGUUGUGAAUUUCGAGUGCUUUAUAUGUCAAAAGAUUUACGACCUAAGAGCGGGGGUAAUUACGGAAAGUGUCGUAAAUAAAUGGCAUUACCACUGCCCAAAACCUAUAUCUGCUUUGACAUUAAGUGUUAAUCCUUACAAUAAUUGGGUGUUUUCUUGGGAAAAAGCGGGAAGGAGAGCCAAGGAAAUCGAAAAAAGAGUAUUAGGUAGCGUUUAAACGAAUUUAAAGAGAAUUUUUGUAUUGUUUGCUAAUAUAUUUUUAUAUUGUACAUGUUUUAUGUUCUUAUUGACAAACUGCGUCGAGCGGAGAUACAGGAUGGACUUGAUACUCGGUACCUCUCUUGAUUAUGUGCGGGAUUUUCUUUGGCACCAUUCUGUGAAAAGUAAACGUUUAAUAAAUUUAUCGUAAAUAUGUA